AUGAUCGCGAGCGAUUUCGCGCCAUCAUCCUUGGCAGUUCUGCACUCUGAUGGCCCGCGGCCUCCGAUUGGCACCAGAGAUGACAUCCGACUGAAGGAUCAGAAAUUUCCAGCGCCCGACGUUUUGACAUCGCCCGGACCGGCCCGUUUCCAGUGGGACAGGGACAAUGCCAGCAGAAUUUGCUUCGAUCGACCGUACAUGCAAUUUGGAGGAGAGUCAUCUACACAUGCCGAUUACAAGCCGCCGCCGCUCCCGACAUUGCAGAAUGCCAGCUGCAGAGACCUUGUGCAGAGGGCAGACAGGGUAGAGGAGCCUUUCCCUCAGUUCCGCUUCGAAAGCCGAGAAUCCGAGAGCCAUGGCCGAUUUAAAGCUCCACCCUUGGAUGCGUAUCGGACUGCCGCUUCCGAGACAGACAUGCGCCUGGAUGCAGUAUGCAUGUGGAGUGUGGUCAUGAUGAGGGGCAUCAAGCUGACGAACUCCACCAGCGAAUCUACUACGCAGGCAGAAUACAAGGCUCCACCGCCAGAUGCUGUGAAAGCAUCCUUUGUGAAUUACCCUGUGCCAAGUAUUCCGGCACCCAGACAGACCUCGUUUGAGGGCCAGUCCAGUGCUCACUGCGAUUACAGACCGCCACCAUUGGACGCAUUUCGACAGAGGUCGGAGUUUCAUGCGGCAACGGGAAGCAGAGAGGCGCAGCCCAAGAUCCCCUUCCUGGGCGUGUCCUCCACGCAUGCCGAUUAUGCUGCACCUCCAGCGUCUGCAUUUGCAGACCAUGCGUCUUCCGCAGACCUGCCUGUGCGGCAGUCCAUUGUGCCGAACCUUGUCCACCCGUCCGCACGUCUGGAACCAGUGUCGACGACACAUCAUGAUUUCCAGCCGCCGAGUCUAGAGCUACUACGGCAGGCACUGCUGCAAACUGGAAUCGAGGAGCCACCAAGUGCUUUACCUCGCCCCAAGUUUGAGGGAGAGUCGUGUGCCCACAGAGACUUCAAGCCCCCUCCCAGUGUCAUUCCAGUGUUCCGAACAUCUGCCACGCAAGGGGCACCUGGUGUGCAGGAGCUGUUACAGCCGGCUGAAUUCGCAGCAAGCGAAUCGACCACACACCAUGACUACCGAGCCCCGCCACUUGAGUCACGCCACCCACCCGAUUCGGUCAGUGAUGAGCGAUGUCCGAUGCCAAGGACACGCUUCCAAGGCGAGUCGACUACACAGGCAGACUAUAAGGCACCGCCGCUAGAUGCAAUGAAGUUGUCGAUGGCAGAUUGUCAGGGGCCGACUGCACUUGCCAGCGAUUCGAGCGCAAAGUUCGAGGGCCAGUCGAGGACUCACGCUGAUUUUCAGCCUCCGCCACUGGAAGCUCUUCGAUUGCCAAAUGCAUCGUUGCCUGUGGUUUGUUCGGAGCUGCAGCCCAAGAUCCCCUUCUUGGGCGUGUCCUCCACGCAUGCCGAUUAUGCUGCACCUCCAGCGUCUGCAUUUGCAGACCAUGCGUCUUCCGCAGACCUGCCUGUGCGGCAGUCCAUUGUGCCGGACCUUGUCCACCCGUCGGCACGUCUGGAACCAGUGUCGACGACACAUCAUGAUUUCCAGCCGCCGAGUCUAGAGCUACUACGGCAGGCACUGCUGCAAACUGGAAUCGAGGAGACACCAAGUGCUUUACCUCGCCCCAAGUUUGAGGGAGAGUCGUGUGCCCACAGAGACUUCAAGCCCCCUCCCAGUGUCAUUCCAGUGUUCCGAACAUCUGCCACGCAAGGGGCACCUGGUGUGCAGGAGCUGUUACAGCCGACUGGAUUCGCAGCAAGCGAAUCGACCACACACCAUGACUACCGAGCCCCGCCACUUGAGUCACGCCACCCACCCGAUUCGGUCAGUGAUGAGCGAUGUCCGAUGCCAAGGACACGCUUCCAAGGCGAGUCGACUACACAGGCAGACUAUAAGGCACCGCCGCUAGAUGCAAUGAAGUUGUCGAUGGCAGAUUGUCAGGGGCCGACUGCACUUGCCAGCGAUUCGAGCGCAAAGUUCGAGGGCCAGUCGAGGACUCACGCUGAUUUUCAGCCUCCGCCACUGGAAUCACUCAUGUUGAGCUUGAAGGCAGAAGUCACCGGAUUGGAAGAAGACGCGAGCAAGUUGACUUCCGUGCAUUCUGCAUCUUUCGAGGGAGUUUCAACUACUCACCAUGAUUUUCCGCGGCCGCCUAUGGAAGCAUACCGCAGGGAGCCUAGCAAGCAUGGCAGGGAUCACCAGGACAUAUUCUCGGAUCCUCCACCUCUGCAGAACUUGUGGGAGUGGCUCAGCAGUGCUGAGCAGCACACAGGCCCCGAGCCGGAGCCGCAGCAAGCAAAGCAUGUGCACAAAGCAAAGCAGGACUCUUCCAGUCAGACAGGAUAUGACCACCAAGUACAUGCAGCAGGCGCCGGGCAACAUGGUGCUGGGCACCAUGGCGCCGGGCACCAUGGCGCCGGGCACCAUGGCGCCGGGCACCAUGGCGCCGAGACUGAAACUGGCCAGCGCGCGGUUGUGCGCUUUGAGGGCGAGUCCUCCAUGCAGCUUCACUACCAAGCACCUCCGCUAGAUGCUCUCAGGUCCACCACAGCGGACAUUCGGUCUCGUCAGGAAGAGAUGCAGCACAGCUCCGUUAGAGCUGCAAGGUUCGAGGGCGAGUCCACAGCGCACAGAGACUUUCAAGCACAUUCUGUGCAUGGUCUGUCGGACGUGCAACGCACCUCACUGGAUGAGAGGAGCUUCGUCAAUAGUCUGCCGUUCGAAGGCGAGUCGUCAAUGCGAGCCCAUUACCAAGCUCCACCGCCAGAAGCCCUGAGAAUCACAUCCUGCGAUGCCCAGUCACAGCGCCACAUUGAAUUGCAGCAUGCUUCUGGUCAGGCAGCGAAGUUUGAAGGCGAGUCUACUGCACACAGCCACUUUCGGGCGUACCCGGGGGAGGCCAUGCAGUUUGUGGAGCCAUCAACUCGUUCGGAAAGUGCGGGUCCAGCUGCUCCCUUUGAAGGGGAGUCGUCCAUGCGGGCUCAUUACAAGGCACCGCCAAUGGAUGCUCUCAUGGCAUUUGUGGAUGUUCGGUCUCGUCAUGGUGAUCUGCAGCACAGCUCCGUUGAAGCUGCCAAGUUCGAGGGCGAGUCCACAUCACACAGAGACUUUCAAGCACAUGCUGUGCAUGGUCUGUCGGACGUACAACACAUGUCACUUGACGAUAGGAGCUUGGUCAAUAAUCUGCCGUUCGAAGGCGAGUCGUCAAUGCGAGCCCAUUACCAAGCUCCACCGCCAGAAGCCCUGAGAAUCACAUCCUGCGAUGCCCAGUCACAGCGCCACAUUGAAUUGCAGCAUGCUUCUGGUCAGGCAGCGAAGUUUGAAGGCGAGUCUACUGCACACAGCCACUUUCGGGCGUACCCGGGGGAGGCCAUGCAGUUUGUGGAGCCAUCAACUCGUUCGGAAAGUGCGGGUCCAGCUGCUCCCUUUGAAGGGGAGUCGUCCAUGCGGGCUCAUUACAAGGCACCGCCAAUGGAUGCUCUCAUGGCAUUUGUGGAUGUUCGGUCUCGUCAUGGUGAUCUGCAGCACAGCUCCGUUGAAGCUGCCAAGUUCGAGGGCGAGUCCACAUCACACAGAGACUUUCAAGCACAUGCUGUGCAUGGUCUGUCGGACGUACAACACAUGUCACUUGACGAUAGGAGCUUGGUCAAUAAUCUGCCGUUCGAAGGCGAGUCGUCAAUGCGAGCCCAUUACCAAGCUCCACCGCCAGAAGCCCUGAGAAUCACAUCCUGCGAUGCCCAGUCACAGCGCCAGAUUGAAUUGCAGCAUGCUUCUGGUCAGGCAGCGAAGUUUGAAGGCGAGUCUGCUGCACACAGCGACUUUCGGGCCUACCCGCGGGAGGCCAUGCAGUUUGCGGAGCCAUCAACUCGUUCGGAAAGUGUGGGGCCAGCUGCUGCUUUUGAGGGGGAGUCGUCCAUGCGGGCUCAUUACAAGCCGCCACCACUGGAUGCUCUCGUGGCCUCUAUGGACGUUCGGUCUCGUCAUGGUGAUCUGCAGCACAGCUCCGUUGAAGCUGCCAAGUUCGAGGGCGAGUCCACAGCACACAGAGACUUUCAAGCACCUGCUCCUCAAGAUCUGUCAGAUGUACAAUGCAAGUCACUUGACGAUAGGAGCUUGGGCAACAAUCUGCCGUUCGAAGGCGAGUCGUCAAUGCGAGCCCACUACCAACCUCCUCCGCUGGAGGCCCUGAGAAUCACGUCAUGCGACGCCCAACAGCGCCAGCUCGAAUUGCAGCAUGCUUCUGGUCAGGCAGCGAAGUUUGAAGGCGAGUCUACGGCACACAGCGACUUUCGGGCCUACCCGCGGGAGGCCAUGCAGUUUGUGGAGCCAUCAACUCGUUCGGAAAGUGUGGGUCCAGCUGCUCCCUUUGAAGGGGAGUCGUCCAUGCGGGCUCAGUACAAGCCACCACCGCUGGAUGCUCUCAUGGCCUCUAUGGACGUUCGGUCUCGUCAUGGUGAUCUGCAGCACAGCUCCGUUGAAGCUGCCAAGUUCGAGGGCGAGUCCACAGCACACAGAGACUUUCAAGCACCUGCUCCUCAAGAUCUGUCAGAUGUACAAUGCAAGUCACUUGACGAUAGGAGCUUGGUCAACGCUUUGCCGUUCGAAGGCGAGUCGUCAAUGCGAGCCCACUACCAACCUCCUCCGCUGGAGGCCCUGAGAAUCACAUCAUGCGACGCCCAACAGCGCCAGCUCGAAUUGCAGCAUGCUUCUGGUCAGGCAGCGAAGUUUGAAGGCGAGUCUACGGCACACAGCGACUUUCGGGCCUACCCGCGGGAGGCCAUGCAGUUUGUGGAGCCAUCAACUCGUUCGGAAAGUGUGGGUCCAGCUGCUCCCUUUGAAGGGGAGUCGUCCAUGCGGGCUCAGUACAAGCCACCACCGCUGGAUGCUCUCAUGGCCUCUAUGGACGUUCGGUCUCGUCAUGGUGAUCUGCAGCACAGCUCCGUUGAAGCUGCCAAGUUCGAGGGCGAGUCCACAGCACACAGAGACUUUCAAGCACCUGCUCCUCAAGAUCUGUCAGAUGUACAACGCAAGUCACUUGACGAUAGGAGCUUGGUCAACAUUCUGCCGUUCGAAGGCGAGUCGUCAAUGCGAGCCCACUACCAAGCUCCACCGCCAGAAGCCCUGAGAAUCACGCCAGGUGAUGUCCAACCACGUCAGCUGGAAGCGGUGAAGUUUGAAGGCGAGUCUACGGCACACAGCGACUUUCGGGCCUACCCGCGGGAGGCCAUGCAGUUUGCGGAGCCAUCAACUCGUUCGGAAAGUGUGGGGCCAGCUGCUGCUUUUGAGGGGGAGUCGUCCAUGCGGGCUCAUUACAAGCCGCCACCACUGGAUGCUCUCGUGGCCUCUAUGGACGUUCGGUCUCGUCAUGGUGAUCUGCAGCACAGCUCCGUUGAAGCUGCCAAGUUCGAGGGCGAGUCCACAGCACACAGAGACUUUCAAGCACCUGCUCCUCAAGAUCUGUCAGAUGUACAACGCAAGUCGCUUGACGAUAGGAGCUUGGUCAACAAUCUGCCGUUCGAAGGCGAGUCGUCAAUGCGAGCCCACUACCAACCUCCACCGCUGGAGGCCCUGAGAAUCAAGUCAUGCGAAGCCCAACAGAGCCGGCUCGAAUUGCAGCAUGCUUCCGGUCAGGCAGCGAAGUUUGAAGGCGAGUCUACGGCACACAGCGACUUUCGGGCCUACCCGCGGGAGGCAAUGCAGUUUGUGGAGCCCUCAACUCGUUCGGAAAGUGUGGGUCCAGCUGCUCCCUUUGAAGGGGAGUCGUCCAUGCGGGCUCAUUAUCGGGCUCCACCACUGGACGCGCUCAAGACUUCUGUGGAUGCUCCGUUGCGUCAAGGUGCUGUACAUCCUGUUGACACUGCAAAGUUCGAGGGCGAGUCCACAGCGCGCAGAGACUAUCAAGCACAUGCCGUGCAAGAUCUGCCAGGUGUGCAUCGCACGUCACUUGAAGAGAGGAGCUUGGUCAACAAUCUGCCGUUCGAAGGCGAGUCGUCAAUGCGAGCCCACUACCAAGCUCCACCGCCAGAAGCCCUGAGAGGCACGCCAUGUGAUGUCCAACCGCGUCAGCUGGAAGCGGUGAAGUUUGAAGGCGAGUCUACUGCACACAGCGACUUUCGGGCCUACCCACGUGAGGCAUUGCAGUUCGUGGAGCCAUCAGCUCGUUCGGAAAGUGUGGGUCCAGCUGCUCCCUUUGAAGGGGAGUCGUCUAUGCGGGCUCACUACCGGGCACCACCGCUGGACGCUCUGAAGACCGCUUUCUGCAAAGAGACAGGCGCACCACAAGCUGACCUGUGCCACAAUUCCCAGCAAGUACCAUUCAUGGGAGAGUCUACCACACAUCAUGACUAUCAGGCGCCUGCAUUGCCCAUGCUGCUCGGUGUCCCACGUGCGCAUCAGGCUGCGAAAGCCGACUUCUCAGUGCCUUUCAAGGGCGAGUCAUCUAUGCGUGCCCAUUACCAACCGCCGCCACCGGAGGCAUUCUUGCCGAGAGCUUGGCCAACAACUGAUGUGAACUCUGAGCUCCGGACCUCCUUUGAUGGCGAAUCAUCCAUGAGGGCUCACUACCAGGCCCCAUCGCCAGAAGCACUCAGAAGCGCAGCAUGCCAGCAACCCACUGCCGGGAUGCCAAGCGUCAGAAACAGCCCCAAGUUUGAGGGCGAGUCCACUGCCCACCGAGAUUUCAAAGCACCCGCUCUGCAAGCGCUCCUACAUGCGGGCUCGACGGCAGCUCCUCUUGAAGGUGCUCUGCACCAAGAGCCCAGCGCUGCCUGUGGCCGGGAUGGACCGGCAGUGGAGACAUUGUUGCAGAUCCUUGCAAGUGGUGAUGGGCUCGCUGGAGAUGCCAAGGAGACCCGCAAGAUGACUGAUGUUCCGCAGGGCCCGGAAGAGCCCACAACACAAGGCUUCAAGGUCCCCUCCCUGGACAAGUUGCGAGCAAUCCUUCAUGAAGCUGAAGCUUGUUGCGCGUCGGAGACACAGCAGAACCCCAAGCCUCUCAGCACAUGGCCGGCCGAGAAAUCCGUUCCUGGGCAUCCUGGCGGCGCGCCAGACCUGCGUAGGCCGGCCGGACGGGCAAGCAGCUCCGACGUCCCGCGCGCAGUCAGGGGACGGAUGCGCCCCGAAGCCAACUUUCAGGCUUCGAUGGCCCCCGAGCCACGGGCUUUCGAUGGAGCGGACCGGCCACCAGAAAGGGGCCCGGCGAUCGAGGCGCAAGCCUCCUUGGCCGACUGCGCACGACGAGGAGCCCAUGCGCUGCGUCCAUGCCCGCCUGCCUUCGCGCAGCAGCCGCUGCCAGGCGUGCGCUCCGCCAGCCAGCCGGCUCGCAAGCGGCCCAGCGAGGCGCCGCGAGGGGCGCAAGCUCACCAUUGCGAAGUGCCCACGGACGUCGCGCUGGCAUUUGAUGGCGAGGGCCUGGGCCUUAGCCUCCAAAGGAGGGAUUCCCUGGACAGCUCCCUGCAGGGCUCCCCUCCAGGUGGUGGGGUGGGUCUCCACAAGGCGCUCGGCGUGUCGCGACUGUACAGACUGAUGCAAGGUGAAGCUGGCGCCUAUGUUCCGCAGUUUGUUCCCAGCCCCAGCUUUUGCGUUCGUCCGCACAAACUUGCAGUACUGGAGGGUGAGUCCUCCUGUCGAAGCGAUUACCGGCCGCCUCCGCGAGAGGCUGCAGCCUCAACCCGGCCUGCUGGGUGCGCCAGCGAGCGCAGCACCUCGGACAAGGCCAUCCCGAGCUGCAGCAGCCGCAGGCACCGCUCAGCGGAUGCCCGGCUGCCUAGCAUGCGCUCGGCAUCGAGCCAUGACCAGCUUGAUCCUUACCGUGAGCCAAGCAAGGAGAGCGAGAGGAGUGAGAUGCGAGGGACCCCGCCUGCAGGUGACAGCAAUAUGCAGCAGUCGUAG